AGAUGGCGGCGGCGAAGAGGGAGCUGCUGUUCUGAGGGAGGCCGAGGCGGAAAGGAGAGAAGACGCCAGACGCCUUCGGCCCGGUUUCUUCCCCCCGCCUCGGCUGACUGGCGGGUGGAGGAAACAAAACUAAACAAAACAAAAAGGGCGAAGCGGGAGAGGAGCGACUGCAGGCAACGCCGGGCAUGGCCCAGGUUGAAAGAAGACAAGGACACCUGCACGCGGCCAGUGAAGAUGCUCUCUACUUCGACUUCAGCUAUUUAAGCUGAAUGCAUUGUGAUUUCCAGUAAUUGAGACAGUGAUUUUGAAAGCUGUCUACAUUAAUGAAAAGAACAAUGUAGUCAGCUUAACUGAAUCAUCAGUGUUGCAUAUUGAAUAGAGCAUGACAAAAACCUAUCCUGACGGACUUCUGCAUGUUAGGAAUAUAGAUUAUAUACUUUAAGCCUUGUUUUGUAAGUUUUAAUUAUGGAGAUGUAUGAAAAUGCACCUCCCCUUCCAAAAGAGCCAGCAAUUGAAGUGAAUGUGGAGAAUGAUUCUUGUCCCCCACCACUGCCGCCUAAUGAACAGCCUCCACCACCUCCCCUGCAAACGUCCAGUGACGCAGAGGUAAUGGACGUUGGCUCUGGUGGUGAUGGACAGUCAGAUACCCCUGCUGGGGACACGCACACUGUCGGCAGAACGCAGCUUCUCACAAAAGGAUCUUCAUGCUACAAAAGUCGUCUUAUCGUAGAUCCUAAUAGUGACCAAAGCCCAAGAACUGCUCGUCACGCGCCUUCAGUUAGAAAGUUCACCCCUGAUCUUAAGUUACUUAAAGAUGUAAAGAUUAGUGUUAGCUUUACAGAAAGCUGCAAAAGCAAAGACAGAAAAGUUCUGUACACUGGAGCUGAGCAAGAUUAUGAGACAGAUUCAGGUUUAGGUAUUAAUAAUGUCAAUGGUGAUAUGCAUGUUUGUCCUUUUGGGGGUAGUAAUGGUCAAGCUACGCGGGUAGCUGGUGAAACAGAUGACAAAAAAGAUGAUGAAAAUGAUAUAGAUCAGGAAAAAAGAGUGGAGUAUGCUGUUCUGGAUGAUUUAGAAGACUUUACUGACAACUUGAUGGAAAUAGAUGAAGAAGGAGGGUUUACAUCUAAAGCAAUUGUUCAGAGAGACAAAGCGGAUGAAGAGACCUUGAACUAUUCUUAUGAGGACGAAUUUGAUAAUGAUGUGGAUGCUCUGCUGGAAGAAGGUCUUUGUGUUCCCAAGAAAAGGAGAAUUGAUGAGAAAUAUACCGGGGAGAGUGACCAUCAGUCUGAUGGAGAGACAAGUGUGCAGCCCAUGAUGACCAAAAUAAAAACUGUUCUUAAAAGUCGCGGCCGCCCUCCUACAGAGCCCUUGCCUGAUGGAUGGAUCAUGACAUUCCAUAAUUCAGGCAUUCCUGUAUAUCUCCAUAGAGAAUCCAGAGUUGUUACCUGGUCCAGACCUUACUUCUUGGGAACAGGAAGUAUAAGGAAACAUGACCCUCCUUUAAGUAGCAUUCCUUGUUUGCAUUACAAGAAAAUGAAGGAAAAUGAGGAAAGGGAACAAAGCAACGACAUAACACCAAAUGGUGAAGUAUCACCUAUAAAACUCUUGGAUAAGGCUUUAGAACCGGAUUGCCAAGCAGAGGAGCCAGACUCCACUGGUGCUGAUUCAGGGACUUUAGAGGAGAAAGACCCUUCUGGGGGAGAUGCAGCACAAGGAGCUUUAGGCCAAGUCAAGGCCAAAGUUGAAGUGUGCAAAGAUGAAUCAGUAGAUCUGGAAGAUUUUAGACACUACCUUGAAAAGCGUUUUGAUUUUGAGCAAGUAACUGUAAAAAAGUUCCGAACUUGGGCAGAGAGACGACAGUUCAACCGUGAAAUGAAGAGAAAACAGGCAGAGUCUGAGCGGCCCAUUCUGCCAGCCAAUCAGAAACUGAUUACCUUGUCUGUACAAGAUGCACCUACAAAGAAAGAGUUUGUUAUUAAUCCCAAUGGGAAGUCUGAAGUUUGCAUCCUGCAUGAAUAUAUGCAACGAGUCCUAAAGGUUCGCCCUGUUUACAAUUUCUUUGAAUGUGAGAAUCCAAGUGAGCCUUUUGGAGCAUCUGUGAUUAUUGAUGGGGUGACUUAUGGAGCAGGAACGGCAAGCAGCAAAAAACUCGCCAAGAAUAAAGCUGCCCGAGCUACACUGGAAAUCCUCAUUCCUGACUUCGUUAAGCAAACCUCUGAGGAAAAGCCCAAAGAUAGUGAAGAGCUAGAGUAUUUUAACCAUAUCAGUAUUGAGGACUCACGGGUAUAUGAACUGACCAGUAAAGCUGGACUUUUGUCUCCUUAUCAAAUCCUUCAUGAGUGCCUUAAAAGAAACCAUGGAAUGGGUGACACAUCCAUAAAGUUUGAAGUGAUUCCUGGUAAAAAUCAGAAGAGCGAAUAUGUCAUGACGUGUGGGAAGCAUACAGUGCGUGGCUGGUGUAAAAAUAAGAGAGUUGGAAAACAGUUGGCAUCUCAGAAAAUCUUGCAGCUGCUUCACCCGCAUGUGAAAAACUGGGGUUCAUUAUUGCGCAUGUAUGGUAGAGAGAGCAGUAAGAUGGUGAAACAGGAAACGUCUGAUAAAAGUGUGAUAGAGCUUCAGCAGUAUGCCAAAAAGAACAAGCCAAAUCUACACAUUCUGAACAAGUUACAGGAAGAAAUGAGAAAAUUGGCGCAAGAAAGAGAAGAAACACGAAAGAAGCCCAAGAUGACGAUUGUAGAAUCUGCUCAACCUGGUAGCGAACCUCUCUGUACAGUUGAUGUGUGACCAGAAAUCGUAACAAUUGGGGAGCAAUAAACAAGCGGCGAGAGCUAGUUUUUUUUCCAACUAUUAAUCAAGAAUUGGUUUGCUUCAGAAUGCAAAAUAACAUAACAAUCCAAGCUGCUUCAAAUAUGCAUUGUUCUUCAUCAUCAGGGCAAUAGUACUUUCAUUUUUUCCUCACUUUUAAUCUUUGAGAGACACCUUUAUACAAGAGAGCAAAAAAUCUUUGCUUGAGCCGAUGCACAGAGGGGCAAGCAGGCACAUACAUUCACACAGGAUAAGCUGAAGCGAGCCCCCACCCCCACCCCAAAGUAUACAUGCUGUCUUGAAUGGAUGUGUUUAAGUAUCAAAUUCAGGAAUGUCUAUGUAAAAGGUAGAAUGAAUGUAUAAGAGAGAAACAUAAUUGUACAUGCUCUUGUAUGAAUAUGCUGUCAACUAUUUUUCUGAAGGUCUCUGCUGCAUUUCAGCAAAUAAUAACAUGCACUGAUAAGACACUUUCUGACAGCUACAUUGCAAAAGUUGAAAAGCAAUGUUCUUCUUGCCCAUAAAGGUUAGGCCAGUAGCACUUCUUUGUUGUAUUGUGACAGGCUUCAGAUUUCUAACAUCCUGCUGCACAGAUGUUCUUUAGCAAAGAAGGGGGCACUCCACGACAUUGAGCAGCUCCCCACCCCCAUUCCUUUUUAGAACAUAGGAAGCCUUGCUUGUUUACAAGUAUAUGGCUCUUCAGGUACCCCCUGCAAUGAAAUUCAAAUGAAAGUGGGUGGGAUUGAUGAGGCACCCUUCAGUCCUUUAGUUUAGUAUUUGUUUAGUUGUGGAAGAAGAAUCUUCCACAGUCAUCUUGGUGACUGGCAUCUUGAGUCAUUCUUAAAACCCGUUGAAAAGCAAUCUAAAAAUAUACUGACAGCCAAUACUCCCAUCUUCCUGGGCCUUGUAGUCUUAAUCCAAUUGUAUUAAAUCGGAUCUUUAAACUCUUGCGUUAUGUAAGCUUUAAGAAAAAGAGAAAUGCUUUCCUUUGUGGCCUAUCAGUGCUCAUUUUUUUAAAAAAAAAAUCACUGGAUUAAUCUUUAAACUUUUUUUAAAGUUAUCACAGGUUUUGUUUUUGUGAAAUGUUUUUAGCAUUGGCAGAGUAAUUUCUGCUGUGGAAACCUAAUAGAUUGUAAAUUUGGGAGACAUCAGAGAGGACUAGAGACUUUCAAAACAACUUGUGUUAAGAUGAAAUAAAGAACACAGAUAUGCAAAUUCUGUCUUGUAUAGUUUCUUAAGCUGUUCAGUACUUGGUUGCAUCAGGUACAAGACCUGUAACAAGGCAGUCUAUACAGUUGUAUGAUUUAUCCUAGGCAUGCCUCGUACGCACACUUUUACACUCCAAAGAGACUAGAGGGAAGGAUGGGCACCUACUUUGUGCUCCUGCUGUCAGCCUGUUUUUCCUGAGGAACUUCCUAGUAAAGUGUCUGGCCAUUGGUAAAUGCUCAUGAGGUGAACAUCUGUUCUAAAAAGGGCCCUAUUUCAGACUUCCCUUGCAGCGACAUGUAAGGAAAGCAGUGCAGCAGAAAAUAGUCUUGCCUAAGACCUUCAGCAGAAGGCUGAAUCCUGCCUCUUGCAUGAAAUUAUUGGUGCAGUCUUCUGAGAAAGGUAUUCUAGCCCUAGGAACUUUUCCAGCUAUACAUGUCUUGCUGCUUUCCAGUUUGGAAGGCAAAAGGUGAUUAGUAGCUAGUAAAUGGUAUACAACCUUCCAUUGUCUACUAGUGAACUCUGCAAAUGUCUUAAUUUGACAUCUGCAUGAGUCACCACUCAACCCAUUUGCUGGAGGGCUACAGUGGAGUGGAUAAAAAAAAAACCCUAAGCCAAAAUCUUAUUUUCCACACUGGCCACUGUUCAGAAUGUCAGGAAAUCAAUUCCUUAUCAAAUGGUUAGGCAUUCUGUUUAAGUUAAUACUUGUCAAAUGGCUUUGGAGAUUGGCCUAAUGUCUUCAUGCCACCAGUGUGGAUAAAAAUAGCAUGACCUUGGUAGGCUAUGUGAAGAGCUGUAAGAUAUAGAAUCUGCAUUUAAUAAACUGCUAGUGAACAGCUGUCCAUACUGGUGGGAUGCACUCAUAGCCACAGUAGCCAGACCACUUCCACACCCCUUGGUGGAAGCCCUACUGUUCCUGACUUUUGCAGUGAUGAUCCCAUCCCAAUACUCACUACUCCUGUGUUGGUAUAUACAAUACUUUAAUUACUCUGCAAAGAGUAGCAACAUACUCCUUUUGUACCUUUAUUUGGAAUCUCUCAAUUCGGAGCUAUGGCAGGUUGUGUGACAAGAUGCUAACACACUUUUCAAUGCUGUUCUGUAAGUUUUACUGGACUGAUACAGUACUAAAAACAGUUGGGCUUUUAUUUAGUAUUUUUAACAUAUUGGCAUGUCUAGCUUGGGGGGAAAAACUCAUAGUGCUUUCAUAACAAACCAUCUCCUUUGAGUAUUUGGAAUGUUUUGCAGUUUACCUGCAUGUUUUCCAUUGAUGCCUCAUUCUAGAAAUAUUAUUUUUAAGAGUAUUGCCCCAUUGACCAUCUUGCUUUAGUCUUACCUCAGUCUGCCAUUAUCUGACUCCUACUUAGGUGACCGCUGCCCUUAAAACAUCAGACAUGUCAUUGUGAACCAAAGGCUAGUACCAAUUAUGCAUUCUUUUACAACCAAGGGUAUUUACUUGAUGUGCUGCAGCCUCUUUGGGCAAGAUGUUCAGAUAAAGCGCAAUAACUCCUGGAACAAACAAUGUAACUGCUGUUGUCACUGUGAAGUAUUCCUGUAUUCUGAUGUUUACUAUUGUUUGAAGUGUAACUGUCUUGCAUUUGCACAUAAGCACAAGCUGCUAUGAUAGAGGGUAGAUGGUUGCAUUAACUUCAGCUUCUGCAUGAAUACUUAUGCAGUGUGAUUCAAGACAUAUCUGAGAAAGUAUGUAUCUCUUGUAACGUGUGUGGUUUUUUCUAGUUAAUCUUGAAUACCUAAAAGAAUCUACUUUCAGACCUGUUCUCACGUCCCUCUCGUAAGAUCGCCGUGUUCUUGUGUAUGGGCAUGGGUUUUUGCUUUGAAGUUCUUAACAGGUGUGAUACUGAUUUGAAGGAUAAAAUUGGUACUUAUCUGAAUGUUUUUAAAGACAAUAGUUACUAAAGCAGGAAAUCACAUGCUACCUAUUUAAAUAACCAGUAGCUCAGCUGAGUAUUGAAUUUCAACUUGUUAGGUCCUCAGCUAUUGAAAACCAGUUUUGAAAUAUGCAUAAAUAGUCCUGUUUGAUUUUAACUCUUGCCGAUUUGCCACCAGUGGUCACACUUGCAAAAGCCUUUCUUUCUAGCCUAGCCAUGACUACACCUCAUGCUAGUCUAAUUCUUGGUUCUGGUGAGAAAGCCAGCAAUUAAUAGCUACCUGAAGCUUGUAUGGGAACAGUUCCAAAUUAGUCCUGUGCCAUUUUGGAACAACUUAGUGAUCUAUUGCAGUAUUGUAUUUUUAAAGGAAUGUGACCAACUCAAUGUUACUGGUUGCUGUACGAAUUGUAUGUUGAGUGCAAUUGCUUGAUGCCAGUGCUCAGUUGGUACAACUAUAAAGCCUCUCAUUAAGCCUGUUUUAGGUAUUUGAGUUCAUGUGGUAUUUGGAAAAAAACAUUAGUUUUGAGCAAUAAAAGUUUGAUAUUA